GAGCGCGACUGGAUUGACACAUUACGUGAUACGGUUUUGUGAAUUGUAAUAAUGGCAGUUAAAGAGAAACAAACGGAAGGUUCUACAGAUGAAAUAGAAUGGAACGUCGAAAAUGAAAUUCAAUUGUUCUUUGCCAUGAAUGGACAUAAACCUGUUGGUGUCAAUAAAUACUUUCACAUGGUCUGUAUAUGGGAAAAAUUUCGCGCCGCUAUUCAUAAGGAUGUAUCGCUAAAAAUGAUUUGGGAUCAUUUGGAAUCAAUGUACGACCUCAUGGCAUUGGAUGACAUGGAAGAUUUACCGUUUCCUAGUCAAGAGAUAGACUUUUCUUUACCGGAACAAGAAUUUCUAGGGUCGCUUAAGUCUAAGAAGAGGGAAGAGCCGGAAAUGAAAUUAAAAGAACAAAGAGAUAAAUAUAAAGAAAUGAAAAAGGACAAAGAUAUUAAAGAUCCUAUGAAAAAAGAUAUCAUUCUUCGCGAUAUCAAAGGAAGUAAAGAUGUAGAUAAAAAAAAAGAAGAAUUUAAAAAAUACAUUAAAGAUAUGGAAGUGAAGAAAGAUAAACUUAGAGACAUUAAGGACGUUAAGAAAGAUCACAAAUCUUCGAAAGGAAGAUCAAAGGGAAAAGAUGAUCUUGAAGAAAUAGCAUCGAAUGGGAAAAAAGAACGUAAGGAUUCAGACUCUGGGCGUGAAAGUUUAAAAAGGGGUCCAAAACGACCGACCAGGCAGAGUAUGGAUAGCUCCUCUAAAGCAUCGUCUAGUCCGCGCGAUACACCUCCGCCAAAACGAAGGAGGAUAUAACAAUUUCAUUUGAACUUCAGUUGUUAUUUGUACCUCAUAUCGCGUGCAAAUUUUGUUUGCAUUUUAAAUUAUAAAUAAAAUAUAACUCGUGUACAUUCAUAUAUGUGAACCGCACAGACUUGUACGAAAGACUAUGUAUCUAUAUAAAUCCAAUUUUAUAAUAAAUUUUGCAUUAAUCUAUUUUAAAUACGAUAGACUUUGUAAUGAAAUUUUUAAAGAGGCAUUAAAUAUAUGAAAUGAACAUAUGUUAUGAUAUAUAUAUAAAGCACGAGUACACG